AUGGCAGCAGAACCCACGCGCCCCGUCAAAAUCAUCGCCGCCGCCGAUGGCUUCGGCACUCCUCUCAAAGACGCCCUCGUCGCACACCUCCGCUCCCGCGCCAUCGAAGUCGAAGAUCUCGGAACCUCUUCCUACUACUCCGCCGGAGCCGAGGUCGGUCGCCGAGUCUCCCAAUCCUCCGACGUCCGCGGCCUCGUUGCCUGUGGCACCGGCGCCGGCGUCUCAAUCUUCGCCAACAAAUUCCCCGGCGUCUACGCCGCCACUUGCCUCACUCCCUCCGACGCCGUCAACGCCCGCUCCAUCAACAACUCCAACGUCCUCGCCGUAUCCGGCAAGCACACCUCGCCGGAGGCCGCGAUCGAGAUCCUGGAAGCGUGGCUGAACACGCCGUUCAAGUCGGCGUGCCCCGCCAACGACGGCGAACCGUGGCCGCAGGAUAUCCAGACGUUUCUAGACCACUCGCUGGUGGAGAUGCCGGAGAUCGGAAAAGACGGCCCGUUCGACACGUGCGCUGUUUGCUGUCUGGUGAAGAACCGGGAAUUGAAGCCGAUCGAGUUGAUUCCGGGAGGGUCGAUGAAGAUCGUGAGGGAGACUCCGACGUCAGCGUUCGUGAGGUUCAAGGCCGGGAGCGUGGAGCCGGCGCACCACCACACGUUCGGGCACGAUUUGGUGGUGAUCGAAGGGAAGAAGAGUGUUUGGAAUCUGACGAAGGAAGCGAGAUACGAUCUGACGGUUGGGGAUUACCUGUUCACCCCUGCAGGGGAUGUUCAUAGGGUUAAGUAUUAUGAGGACACCCUAUUCUUCAUCAAGUGGGAUGGCCAUUGGGACAUGUUCUUCGAUGAGGAUCUCGACACUGCCAAUAAAGCUAUUGAUAAGGAGCUAGGUUCCACCACCUCAACUUCUUAA